GCGAUCAUAAAGGGCCUGACAUUUUUUGGGGGGGAUUCGACACAACCUAGAGGCCAUGUGUGGUACUGAAUAUUUCCUAAACGUGAAAAUACCGAUCCAUCGACGCUUUGUCAACGAAGCAGUUGCCUGUCAGCUCAGUGCUAGAACUGCUUGAAUGUAGGUUGGAACGGACCAUCUGCAUGGGCUAUAUCUCUCAUCAACCCAGCGGCAAGACAAGGAUCCAAGAAUGGUUUUAGUGCAUGUCGGAUAUCUGGUUCUUCCUGUAUUUGGCUCAGUAAGAAAUAGAGGAUCCCACUUUAACCGGCAGCAGCAGCAGCAUAGCCAUGCUACCUCUUGCCGGCACUUCCAGCUAGGCCCCCAGGCCCAGCUGCCCAUUGACUUCCCAAUGCCCCACCCAGGUCAGCCCCAGUCGGGCAUCAACCCCCACCUGGCUCCCCCUGGCCAUCAGCAUUCUCCCCAGCUCCACCCGCCCCUCAACCCCCUACCCCCCACACCCCAGUUCCAGGACAUUUCUGCCCCCCCUUUCCUACCUCAGGCCUUACACCAGCAGUACCUCCUCCAGCAGCAGAUCCUAGAGACCCAGCACCGGCGCAUCAUGCCACCUUCCAGACACCAGCCCCACAGACUGCGGCCGGGUUACGAGUUUGCUCCUGCCCUCCACAUCCCCCCACAGCCUGCGGCCCAGCAGCCUCGCUACCUGGCUGAAGGCACAGACUGGGAUUUGAGUGUGGACGCGGGGCUCCCUCCUCCUCAGUACCACGUCCGCCCACUGCCCCAGCACUACCAUCACUACCUGACAUCUCCCAGGAUGCAUCACUUCCCCAGGAACAAUGCCUCCACCCAAGUGGUUGUCCAUGAGAUCAGAAACUACCCGUAUCCUCAGUUACACCUGCUGGCUCUGCAGGGCCUCAACCCCUCCCGCCACGCAUCAGCUGUGAGAGAGAGCUAUGAGGAGCUACUGCAGCUGGAGGACAGGUUGGGCAGUGUGAACCGAGGGGCUGUCCAGACCACUAUUGAAAGGUUUACCUACCCUCACAAAUACAAGAAGAGGAUACCUCAGGACCUGAAGCUCGGGCUGGUGGAUGAGGAACUGGAUACAGAUGAGAAGUGUACCAUCUGUCUAUCAAUGCUGGAGGAUGGAGAGGAUGUCAGGAGAUUACCCUGCAUGCACCUCUUCCACCAGGCGUGUGUAGACCAGUGGCUGGCCACCAGUAGGAAAUGCCCCAUAUGCAGGGUGGACAUUGAGACCCAGCUGGCACCAGACAGCUGAUGCCUCCUUUCCCUGCCCCCAUCUUGUAAAACCCCACCUCAUCCCUAGGGGGAGCUCUGCCAAACGUCCCCCUUCCCAUCUGCAUCACAUAUGAGCCUGCCUUCUGAGCCAGCUGAGGAAGACAAUGAGCGGGAGGGGAGGUGAGAGGGAUUAACAAAGCACACUGAUCCAAACAAUAGAGAAACAAAAGAGGCCGAUGGAUGGAUGGAUGGAUGAAGAAGAGAGGCAUAAGGGUGCCAGAAUGUAUGGACAGAUUUGCAGGGCCUUGAUGAGUCUGCAUCAGGGUUUUGCACCGUAGCAUUAGCUUCUCCGUACACUCAGAGAUGAGAUCCUCCAUUAAACCACCUAGCGAGCGUGUGUGUUGUGUUGUUGGGUUUGUAUAUGUGUACUGGUCUCACUCCCUCUUGAUGAAACCCAAAAUGCUGAGCUCUAGCUACAGCACAUCUGUGCAAAACAUGACAAGAUAUGAAAUCAGCAGUGGGAUGUUUCUUGAAAUGAGAUUCUGUGGCCUAAUACAUAUGGUGUUAUGGAGUGUAGUAGUCUUGUUAUUGAUCACCAGUAUUUAACAGGGUGACAGUGUGGUGCAAGCAAAAAUCCCACUUUAAGAAAUAAGGUGGGAAAAAAUACAACAUGGGGAAAUAGUCUUCUUUAAAAGAGGGUAAUAGGCAUACAGGCAGCCUUUAGGCAACGAGGAAGUGCUAGCUAUGUACAAAGGCCAAUCAAUAGGUGGAUUUCCAGUACAGUAGAUCUCUGCUAUCAGAGUGGAUGCUAGAGAUGCUAACCAGGCAUGGCUUCAGUGGUUUGUAUUGUGCUGUAUUGGGGCCUCUAUACUCUAGAACUGAGGCCCCAGAUAUGCAUGCUGUAUGGCAGGCUUGGGCUGUCUUGUGAUUGUGGAGCAGUAGGAAGUCUGUGCAGGAUGACGUUUAUUGUCAUGAGUCUUGUCCUGGAGGCAGAACUCCGCUAGACGGAACAGCUGCAAAGUCAGAAUUGGCUACUUUGUAAAAAUUAAUUAAAACAAUUUUAGGUUAGGGUUAGCAGUGUGGUUAGGUUUAAAAUCAGAUUCUAUGACUUUGUGGCUGUGCCAGCUAGUGACCACUCUGCAGAGCGGCCUCCAGAACAAGAUUCAUACCGGGGGGAAAACGGAAAAGUCUGCAGUAUCUCUGCAUGUGAACCAUACACGGUAUGACUCUCUCCCUCAUCCAUGGAGCAGGAGGAAGUUUCCCUUAGAUGCUGAUCUUAGGUCAGUGUUGCAUCUCCCCUCCUAAUAAUUAAGAUUAGAAUUGGUUCGAGAGGAAUGCUGAUUAUAGAACUGUGCCUAUGGGCAACUUCUACUCACAGCCUCAUCCAUAGAACGAUCUUUAAGGCUGGCAUUGGCUGGAGGAUGCAGUGUCUGUGUAUUGUCUUUAGAGUGAAUACAAUGUAGUUAUUUUCUAACACACUACCACUUAGAAAUGUCCUUGUUUUUGAAAGAAAAGCACAUUUUUUUUGUCCAUUAAAAUAGCAUAAAAUUUAUCAGAAAUGCAGUGUAGACAUUGUUAAUGUUGUAAAUUACUAUUGUAGCUGGAAACUGCAGAUUUUUUUUAAUGGGAUAUCUACAGAGGCCCAUUAUCAGCAACCAUCACUCCUGUGUUCCAAUGGCACAUUGUGUUAGCUAAUCCAAGUUUGUAAUCGAACCCACAAAUGCUGCUCCAUAUACUCAACUAGUCUAAAGAAGGCCAGUAUUAUUGCUUCUUUAAUCAGAACAACAGUUUCCGCCUGUGCUAACAUAAUUGCAAAAGUUUUUUCUAAUGAUCAAUUAGCCUUUUAAAAUUAUAAACUUGGAUUAGCUAACACAACAUGCCAUUGGAACACAGGAGUGAUGGUUGUUGAUAAUGGGCCUCUGUACGACUAUGUACGUAGAUAUUCCAUAAAAAAUCUGCCACUUCCAGCUACAAUAGUCAUUUACAACAUUAACAAUGUCUACACUGUAUUUCUGAUCAAUUUAAUGUUAUUUUAAUAGACAAUAAAAUAAAAAAUAUUUCAAUAACAAGGACAUUUCUAAGUGACCCCAAACUUUUGUAUACCAGGACCUUAUUGCCUACAGAACAAGCCCUUGUGAUUUAUACAGUACAUAGCAAACAACCUCCAUUGUGUUUCGGUUCCCUUCCUUUCAAUCUCAGUUGUUCCCGUUUUUCGAUACAAGAAUACAGCUGGUGUCCCAGGGAGAGAUCCAACUCGUAAGCCUUUGUUCUGUGUUCUGGAAUGUGUAAGAUGGUCCCCCAUGAUGGUAGUCGUAUGGUAUUGCUAGAGGAACUGUAAACUGUUCAGUGAUGGAAGCUGUUUUCCCUAUAUCGUGCAUGAAUCAUGUUGGUGUAGUUCACUUGAAAGAGGGUUAAAGGGAGAAAAAGCCAUUUAUUUAAAAAUACCAAACAAUUAUUCUUAGUAUUUAUAUUUAUUUGAUUUGUUAUUAGUCCUUUCUUCAUUUCAGUUUUCUUUCUAUCAAUUUGUUUUGAGCACUCAUGCUAAUUUGGUCAUUGGACCAAGUCCUUGUCCAUGUCUUACCAUUUUGAAGAAAUGGCUGCAAUGCUGCAGAAAACAUUUAUUGUUGCAAUAAUCUAGCUUGUUUUGUUAAUGCACUAUGGCGUUGUCUGAAAUAGAUUUGGUGGUGUGGGGUCUCCUUGUUCUAGCUUAGCUUGUGUUCGGUUACAUGUAUCUUCAUGCUUCCUUGUGUUCUCUUGGUGGUUGACUUGACUGUGUGUUGUGUUUUUUAUUUUCCCUUUGUCCAAACCCUUCCAUCCAAACAAACUACAGACAGACAAGGAGGGUUGCUACUUCACAUAGGAGGCUCUGAAAUGCCUUAAGUAUUUCACAAUCAUUUGGAGUGGCAUAUUUAAUGUAUUUUCUCUCAUGAUUCCAUAAUUGAAUAAAUAUAUUUAUCUAGAAAUAACACAAGAUGUUGUUGGGGAUACCUCAUUAUGUAUAGGUUGGUGGGGAUGCUUUUCAUGCAAGUUGUGUUUUUCAGAAGAAGAAUUGUCAUUUGGAAGGGUGACAAGGUGUAACGGGCUCUGUCUAUAGCCAACGUGGUGCUGUUGAUCUUCAUUCCAUUCCAUUCAAUUUAGAAGAUUCCCACACUCUGCUUUAAUCUAGUGAACAGACUGACCAGGUGCAAGUGUUUCAGCAUGUAAACCUCGGUCAUUGCACUCCUAGCAUGGCUAAACCCCUCACUGGCAUAGAGGAAAUAUGAUACUUUUAUUUUUCAUAUUUAUCCCGGAUCAUUACCAGUUUCACAGUUUGUUUGACCUCGGUUGUAUAUGUCACCAUGUUAUAUCUGGAUAUUGGGUGUCUCCAUUCAGAGCAUACGUUCCUCUGUCCAGCUAUGUUAACUCUUCCCAUAUGAAUUAAUAACUGCAUUAUUAGGUACUUUGUAUUGCUGGCAAAUGCUGUGUUUGUGUGGUUAGGUUAGGAAGGUGGCUAACGUGAUAAACUUGAGCUAUUGAUCUUGUGUUUUUCUGGUGUGAUACUCUAGGUAGUAGUUUUACACCUGGGUAUAAUAAGCCAACCACCUGUUUUCUGUGUGCUUUUUCUUAAUAAUAGCAAUGUAUUCAUCUUACAUAUAUCUCAUUGGAAUGAAGCUGACUGGUCUUAUUUGAAUUUUUCCUGCUGUCACUGUCUUUACCCCAUGUCUACUUCCUGGUCAGGUCACAUGGUCUGGAAAAAACUCCUGGCCUUAUGGUUGUCUCUAGUUACCAUAGCCACAAAGUCAAAAUUGGCUUUAUAAUAAAAAUGUGUGAAAACAAAAAUGAUAUUUUUGGUAUUAAUUUAAGGUUUGGCAUAAGGUUAGCAGUGUGGACCGGGUAAAGUUUAGAAUCACAUUUUAAAAGAUCAAUCGUAGAAACAGGAAAAAGUCUCUGCACACUUCCAGUCAGAUGCAAAUGUAUUUUAAUUUUACCUGAGCUUUCGGUCAGUCGACCAUCAUCAGGACAUGAGAAAUUGUAGAAGUAGACCGAGUUUUUAUGACUUUGGAUAUGGUAAAUAGUGACAACCUGGCCUUACCUUUGUCCUCUGCAGACUGUAUACUGGGUUGUUACUGCAGAGGAAAACUGUAUAGUAUAAUAACUCAAGCUGGUGAAGGGGAAUGAACAGUAGAAUCCUAAAGCACAAGCUUUCUAAUGCAUGUCCUCCUCAGGUUUUCAUAUGUGCACAUGGGUGAAGCUGUAGACGUGUUUAAUAUGAGGCUGUACCUUCUUGAAUAUUACAGAUAUGUUUCUUUGCUGCUGAUAAACUGUUUAAACUAACCUGCCAGUGAUUAAAGGGAAGUGGCCAUCUUUGUACAACACACUGCUGUUUUGCUGUAACUGCGCAAUGUGUUAUGAGCUGGGUUUUUUAUAGACACUAGAAGUAUUUACCAAUAAUAUGAAAAGCAAUAGCUUCAUUAUAAUGAAGAAUAACAUGGAUCAGUGAAUGUUGUGGAAAAUCUUUAGGUUAACUUCUGAUGGAUUUUGUACUGUAUUUAUUACUAAUGAGGAUGCAAAAACUUGCAUAGCUUAACCCAAACUGUUCUGUCUCCUGUUUUAUUUAUUGUCUGAUUGUAUAUGAUCUUUUUCUAUGUGUUUUUCAAAUAAACUCCCUAAAAUGCUGAAA